AUCAAGGAAACGGGAGGCAGCCCAGAGCAGCGAGUCCACAAAACAAAAGACAUUCCAUUCUCUCAGCGUGGCUGCGAACAAGCUACAACUUGGACGACGUGUUUGGUGGUUCAAAAGGAGGACGACGGGGAAUCUUGACCCACCUAAACUUGAACUGCUCCAUCUUCUGCUUGACAGAUUACUAUAGGCGCGCACGAAUCUCGACCCCCCUCCCUCCCUUACCUUACCCUGCCUUCCCAAGCUUCGUCCAUCCUCUUCUUCAACUCUGGCUACAGCUCGACUCGAUUCGAUUCGAUUCGCCUCGACUGGGUCCUCCUACCAUACCUACCAGCUAAACCCACACCUACGAUCCACUCCGACACGGCAAACGGGCAACGUGGGCAUCGCACCUAAGUAUCAGUCCAUCAUACCAAAUUAUCCAUCCCCUCCACAUAUUUAUCAAGAAACAGCUGGCUGUUGGGCAAUCACCACCUUCAACGCUUGCAGUAGCAGCAACAUCGCGUCUAGACCAGCAAAUCGUUCUCAUCCUCUCGUCCUCUCUUGGCAUCCUGCCCUCUUUCUCCGAUCCCGAUCCAAAAGACGACAAUGUCAUCGUCUAGCACCUCCAGCCUCGGCGGCAGCAACAAGCGCAAGCGCGGCGCCCAGCCCCCAGCCUCGGCUGCGGCCAUGGACGUCGACGCGCCCGCCUCCAUACAGCAGACCCCCGAGUCGCGCGAUGCCUCAGGCGAGGAGGGUGACACAACGGCCCCAGAGUCUGCCGCGCCUUCUCAAAGCCUCGGCCACCGCAAGACAGACUCCUCCGGCUCCGCGUCGCAGCAGCACCCGCCCAGCAAGAGGCAGCGGGGCGCAGACACUGCUGGCCAGGUCGUCGACCCGGGCGAGCCCAGCGACACCACCGAGGCGAGUGCCGACAUUGCGGACCGCGUGAGCACUCGGAAGGGCGGGCUCCGCGCCAGGGCAGCGGUCAACAGCGCUGCCGCCUCUGAGGAGGAGAAGAUGCCGCCGCCGCCUAUUGGGAAGCUGACACACCCAGAGGGGUACACCACCAACCCGCCGCCUGCGGGCAGGGCGGUCAGGGUCUAUGCAGACGGCGUCUUUGACCUCUUUCAUCUUGGGCACAUGCGCCAGCUCGAGCAGGCCAAGAAGGCGUUUCCAGACACAUACCUGAUCGUGGGCGUGACCGGUGAUGAGGAGACCCACAAGCGCAAGGGCCUGACCGUCCUCUCCGGUCGUGAGCGUGCCGAAACCGUCCGCCAUUGCAAGUGGGUCGACGAGGUCAUCGAGAACUGCCCCUGGAUCGUGACGCCUGCAUUCCUCGAGGAGCACCGUAUCGACUAUGUCGCGCACGACGAUCUCCCCUAUGGCGCCGCAGAGGGUGAUGAUAUUUACGCGCCCAUCAAGAAGGAGGGCAAGUUCUUGGUGACGCAGCGGACCGAGGGCGUGAGCACCACAGGCAUCAUCACGAAGAUUGUUCGUGACUACGAGAAAUACAUCGCCCGCCAGCUGAAGCGCGGCACCUCCCGCCAGGAGCUCAACGUCUCCUGGCUCAAGAAGAACGAGCUAGACCUCAAGCGCCACGUCCAGGAGCUGCGCGAUAACAUCCGCUCCAACUGGUCAACCACGGGGCAGGAGCUCGGCAAGGAGCUGCGCCAAUUCUGGCCGUCCAGCAGGCCUCAGAGCCCAGCCCGGGUGCCCGCCCUUAACCCGCUCGCAACUGCGUCUCCUGGUGCGGAGGGUAGGGCAGGGCUGGCGAAUGAUUUCAUGACGGGGUACACUAUUGGACUGAUUGGAGGUGUGAGAUCUUGGGUG